AGCUGGGCGAACGGCCGCUCCCCUCUCUCUCUCUACCUCGCCCUCUCGUUUUUUUCUACUCUCUCUCUCUCCCCUUCAUUUCUCCUUUCUUCUCCAGAGAACGAAAACCUCACUCUCUUAAAAUCGCCGACAUUCCUCGCCUCUCUCUUUCUCUCGCCUUCUCUCAUGUUCGUAUCCGGAACCCACUCUAAUCGUUAGAGGAAAAACGAACCCAACUCCAAAUCCAUGGCCGCCCUGCACCUCUACUCUCAAUUCGUUCGUUUUCUCGUUUAAAUGGUGACGAUAAGGAAGAAAUCAAAAAUCGGGUAAACCUCUUUGACAUGCAUGUUUGUUUUCUCGAUUUUUUUAUUCCGAUUUUGGGGGAGUUCGGGUUCUCACCCUUUCUGCUUUUUCUGGGUUUUGAGGGUCGGAUCUAGGGGAAACUUAGACCGGGAAGACGGUAGCAGAGGGUGCUACGGCGACGGCGACUCACAGACCUGUGUUUUGAAAGGGAACAGAUCGAGGAUUAUGGCGGAUGAAGUAAGAGUGCGCUUCAAAUAUCAAGUUUUAAUUUGUAACACUACUUUUAUAAUGACGUUGAAUAAGUGUAAUUUUAUAUAGUAAUUCAUAUUUGUAAUUUGUUAUUCUGAUUGUAAUUGUAAUUUAGCAAUAAUUUUUAAUACAACGUGCUUCUUUAUUAUUA